UAAAUCCCUCCCUUGUUUUUGGGACACUUCCUGACUUCUGCCCAAGGAAAGGGCCAAGGGCGGGCGAGGACAGGGACUUUGCCUGCUGCGAGGAGGAGAGCUUGGAGCCAUAGGAAUCUUUGACCAUGUGGCUGUACUUAGCAGCCUUUCUGGGCCUCUACCUGCUACUCCGAUGGUACCGUGAGAAACAGAUCUUGAGCCACCUGACAGAAAAGUAUGUCUUCAUAACUGGCUGUGAUUCCGGCUUUGGCAAUUUACUGGCCAGGCAAUUAGAUGCACGUGGCUUUCGAGUCCUUGCAGGUUGCCUCACACAGCAGGGUGCAGAGAAACUGAAAGAGGCGACAUCAGAACGUCUACAGACCACCCUCUUGGAUGUCACCAGCACUGAAAGUGUGAUCAAAGCAAUGGAAUGGGCAAAGGGCCUCGUGGGAGACAAAGGGCUCUGGGGAUUAGUGAACAAUGCAGGCAUUUCAGUCCCGACUGCUCCCAAUGAAUGGCUGACCAAGGAGGAUUUCCAGAAGAUUUUAGACAUCAACCUUCUUGGCGUGUUUGAUGUGACCAAACACAUGUUGCCUUUGCUAAGAAAAGCCAAGGGGAGAAUCGUCAAUGUUGCCAGUGUAAUGGGCCGGGUAUCCUUCUUUGGCGGUGGCUAUUGUCCUUCAAAAUAUGGGGUGGAGGCUUUUUCCGACAGUCUCAGGAUGGAGAUCUCCAAGUUUGGAGUAAAGGUCUGUAUAAUUGAGCCAGGCUACUUCCAAACUGCCAUCACAAAUGAGAAAAUAUUGUUGGACAACUUCACUCGCUACUGGGAGAGGCUCCCAAAUGAGAUCAAGCAAGCAUAUGGGGAAGCAUACUUUCAAGCAAUGCUGAAAGGAACUGCCGAGAUGCAAGCCCAUUGCAAUCGUGACCUCUCUCUGGUUACCAAUUGCAUGGAACAUGCCCUGACAGCUGUGCACCCUCGUAAGCGCUACUCGGCUGGCUGGGAUGCCAAGCUCUUUUAUAUACCUAUGAGCUAUAUGCCAACACGAAUUAUGGAUCUGGUAUUUGGCUGGUCUUAUCCCAAAUAGGCCAGGACAGUUAGGCAGUGAUACCAUUGGAUGGGAAGAGUUGAGUUCAUAGUGAUGCUGUGGGCUAGAAAUGUUGCCAUAACACAGGAUUUCUUUUUUAAAAAUGGGUUUUUACAAACUUGUAAUUUUUACAUGAGUCUUUGACAGAUGCCUUGUUUCUCUUGCUACAUGAGGGCUUCUUUUUAAAUGAUAACUUCAAGCCAGGAUUUAGCUCCUUUCCUGCUUCAUUUCAGCAAAAGUCAUAUUCGACCAAUAUUGUGCUUGCCCUCCCAUGGAUUUGAGCCUUCAUGGAUUUUGGUAUCCACAGAAAGUCCUGGACCAAAGCAUCUGUGGAUACCAACAUCCCACUGUAUUUACAAUGAUGCUUCUUUCUCCAUGCUGGCUUAAGCCAUUGUUGGUGCUCAGGGUCAGGGUAGAUACUCCAGAUGGCAAAUGUUUUUAUCUCCACCACCUUUCUAUAAUAGGUCCCCAAUCCACCAGGAAAGCCUUCUUCUAAAAAAUAACUGAAAAGAACAGGAAAGGUGCUUGUUAUGCUUUUACAUAGCUCUUCUUCAAUCCAGUGUCCGUGUCUCGUUCUGGUGCCAGCUUCAUGUUAUUUGGUGUAGUGGUUGUUUCUUUAAGGUUGAAUAAUUAUAUUCCAUUUAAACUGUGGUCACAAUUUGGUUUCCCAUUUAGAUAUCAUAUAGUGUGUGUGCGUGCGUGCGUGCGUGCGUGCACACGCACACGCACACACUCACAUGUUGAGUCUCCCUUAUCCAGUAUUCUGAAAUUUGAAAUAUCCCAAAAACCAGAACAUUUUUCAGGAGUGGCUGAGAUUGUGACAUCUUUGCUUUCUAAUGGUUCAAUAUAUACAAACUUAGGUGUGGUACACACCACCAGGAAGCGGUGUCCUGGUGGCAAUUGUAGGAUUUGGGAGCGCGCACCAACUGCACACCCCUGAGCCCUAUGACAUGUGGGCAGCGCCAUUAUUGAGUGGCACCACCCACACGGGGGGGGGGCGCCCACACAUCUCUUAGAGGAAGCAGCGUCAUAGGGCUCUGUUGCUCUAGGUGGCUUCUUUUUUGUUGCAGAGUGUUGCCCUGCAGUUUCAUUGCAGCGGCAAUGCUGCACAACAAAGAGGGGUGGUGUUUCACGGCCAGUGUGUACUGGGCCUUAGUUUCAUGCAUAACACUUUACAUAAAGUAUAUACAAAAUAUACAUGGAUUUCAUGUUUAGACUUGUGUCUCAUCUCCAAGGCGUCACAUUCUUUAUGUAUGUGCAAAUAUAGAUAUUUGGCAAUCCAAACCCCACCCCCCAUGUAAAUCUGAAAUCCCAAACAUAUCUGGUUCCCAGCAUGUUGCAUAAGGGAGAUUCACCUUGUAUGUAUGUUUGAAAAAAUUAUAGUAACAAGUAGGUGCAUACAUGACCUUUUUUUGCUUUUUAUUUUUUAUAAUCAAGAUAAUAGUUGUAGUCUUGUGUAAUGGCAUAGAAGGAAGGAGAUCUGUUGAUACCAGAGAAAUGUCAGUCUAUAGGUUCUUUCCUUACUGUGAUUUUAUGGUUCACAUACUGUACCCUGUAGAUUUUGUACUGGACAUGCUGCAGGUGUUUUCAAAAUGAGAUCUAUCUGUGCCUUUUAAAAAUGUAUACCUCACCCUUCUCUGUGUAGCGGUUUGGAUAAUAACAUCCUUUGGCUGAUACACCUCUCAGGAGGAACAUGUAUUCUACCUGAGAAGGUUGAAAUGCCCUGGGCCAGAGAGGCUUAUAAUAGCUUCCACCUUCCCAUGUGAAAGGAUGAUGAGUUUGACCUUGGACUACAAAGCCCUAGUGCCAAUAAUUAAGCGACUGCCACCCUGCAGUAAAUAGAUAUGUUUUGUUCUUUUUUUAAAAUCAUGUGGAGCAGAGCAAUUGAUAUGCCUGUAAAAUAUGCUUGACUUUUUUGUUUGUUGCUUGGCUUUUUUGUUUGUUACCCUUAUUUUAAUCUGUAAACCAACUUGGCAGAAAGUUUAUGUAUAAAUGCAAUAAAUAAGAGGAGGGGUCCUUUUCAUAGAUUAAUAAUAUAAAAUAGUUGUUAAUGGGGAAAGGGCACAUCUUGGCUGAGAAGUGAACUAAAAAAAAGGAUCUGUAUGAAGUGAGUAGUGUUAUUUGACAUUCCAUAAAUGAUCUUAACUGAGCAGUGUGGUGGCCAACUGGACCCAAGAUACUAACAUUAUUCAGGAGGGUUGAAAAUCCAAGCGAGUCAUGAAUAGCUGCAUAUUGAUCUUUCCAGACUGGAUGACUAGGCACCAAAAUGGCAAAUAUGGUUUGAAGAAUGUUGUGUGCUUUCAAGUCAUUACUAACUUAAGACAAGGCAACCCUAUCACAGGGUUUUCUUGGCAAAAUUUGUUCAGAGGGGGUUUACCCUUGCCUUCCUCUGAGGCUGAGAGAGUAUGGUUUGCCCAAGAUGACCAGUGUGUUUCCAUGGAUGAGCAGAGAUUCAAACUUGGUCUCCCAGAGUCCUAAUGUAACAUUCAAAUCACUACACACUGACUCUUAAAGGUUAAAGAAUAAGAAAGGGAAAACUGAAGUAUAAUGGCAUCAAACCACCUCUCCCUGACUAUAACUGCUGGUCUCUCAACAUGUACUGCCUAGCCAGGAAAAAGAUCCUGUGGUGACACAGGGAAGGUGGAGGUAUAACCAAGACUCCACCCAGCACUUUGCCUCUGAUGUCAUUGACAACACAGUCCAUGGCCAUACUCAGCAUCUGACUGCCAUCCAAAACCAAUGUACAAGUUGAGCAUCCCUUUUCCAGAAUUCCAAAAACCAAAAUCUUUUAAUGGGAGGCUGAGAUAGUAACGCAUUUGCUUUCUGAUGGUUCAAUGUAAACAAAUUUUGUUUCAUGCACAAAAUUAUUAAAAAUAUUGUAUAAAACUA